AAUAAUAUACGGAGGGUCAUGCUGUCUCCGUUUGUACAGAAACAACAACUAUAAUUUGUCACUAAAAUUAAAGGUAUUUUAUACCGCUGUCAAAUGGCUUUGUUCAGUGAUGUUUGCCGCGGUUUUCGCACGCUGUUGGGUCAAUGUCAGCGAUCUGCGGCCGCAGCGGCGUGGAUUCACUGUCAAUCAUCUUGGAAAUAUAGUCAGACAGCACCUGAGCUGGAACCAGUGAUUAGUGAUAAUGAAGCCAUCGAUAAAACAUUUGUUAACCGAAACCCAAGAAACCUGGAACAGAUGGCCCUGGCAGUGAAGGACCGAGGCUGGGCUACAGUGUGGCCCUCCAGACAAUAUUAUCACAGGUUGGUGUUCAGGCGCACACAGCAUCACAUCACAGCUGAGGUGUUCUCCGGUGACUCUGUAGAUCCUGUGCUGUCCUGCUCCACGAAGGAGUGGGCAUUGAAGCAUGAGCUGGGCUCCACGCGGUCUGUAGCAGCUUGUCGUGCUGUAGGUGAGGUGCUUGCUCAGCGGUGUCGAGAUGCAGGGAUCACAAGGAUUGUUUAUCGAGAGGUACCGUGGAAGUUUCGCUCGGGGUCGAAUCAGACAUUCUGGACAGCAAUGAAAGAGGGCGGCAUCGUGCUUAGUGAACAAAGACGAAAAUUCAUUUAAGUUGCAGCAUCACUUUUUUACCAUUAUUAUUGUUAUGAAAUGUGGCUUUU